AUGGUGUGGUUUCAGUGCGAGGACUGUGGAGACAACCUUAAGAAACCCAAGCUCGCCAAUCAUUUCAGACAAUGCUCUGCUUUCAAGUUGUCGUGCAUCGAUUGUGGGCAAGUAUUUGGGCAGCAGGAUGUUGAAAGCCACACUCAGUGCAUCACUGAAGCGGAAAAAUAUGGUCCAAAGGGUCAAACAAAAGCUGUGAAUGGAACAAACACUAAGACCAAGAAUGACGCAAAGCCAAAACCAGAGGUCGACAUAAAUGUCGGAUUGUCUGAACGCCCUCCAUGGUUCUGCAGCCUAUGUAACACCAAGGCCACAAGUAAGCAAACCCUGCUCCUCCAUGCUGACGGGAAAAAGCACAGGGCAAAAGCAAGAGCAUUCCAUGCAUCAAAACAGCCGCCCGAUGGCACUGCAGAAAACAAAAGUUCCAAUGACAAUAAUGCAAAAGAUGAAUUUCUUGAAAAUAAGGAGCCAGUGGAACAAAGAGAUCAAAACUUGCCUAAAGCUGCUCUUGAUGGCUCUGGUUUGGAGGAUAACUCUUUGGAGUCGAACAAGAAGAGAAAACUCGAGGCAUCUGAAAACGGUGAUGCUCAAAUUAGAGGAGCAGAAAAAGAAAAGGGCUCGAAAAAGGCCAAACAAAGUGCAACAGAGGAAGAUGGAGAACCACAUUCCAGUGCUGGGAAGGACAUUGCCAAGAAGACUAUAAAGUGGAAAAAACUGAUUACAGCAGCUUUGAAAUCCAGUGAAGAUGGUGGUGCGAUUAAAUUUAAGAAACUAGGGAAAAUUGUCAUGAAAUCUCUGAAGGAAUCUGGGCAUACAGAAAAAAGAAGGCAAAUAUAUGAACUUAUUGAGCAGAAGAUAAAAUCAAGCUCGAGAUUUGUUGUCGAUGGGAAAUAUGUUCGUUUAGCCGCCACCAGCUAA